AUGAAUUGUAUCUCCAUACGGAAGAAGCGUACACAGGCCCCUAUGAGACCUAUCGAAAUUACUCCCACGGCGACCUCGCUGCCUCCAGCACUGUCUACAGACACUGUUGUCCGCACUGAUGAGUAUGCCAGUGCUCCCGUCACUAUCGUGGAAGUUCUGCUUCCUUCUGUUCCAGCAGCGGCAGCGACAUCCACGGUGCCCAGUGACGAUGUCCCUUCGGCCACUUCGACAGAUGUGAGCACUGACUAUUAUGUCAAUCUGGUGUACACUGCACCCACAGCUUGUUCUUCUGCUUGGACGACUACAACGGCCGUCGAAGUCUGGGUUCCUUACAUGGUUCAAGGGGGAAUCACCCCGACCUCUGUGACGACUUCUUAUUCGGUCUAUAACACCCAGCCGUUUCAGCCCACGACCAUCACUCAGGCCAUAGCGUUCAUCAAUCCCUCGCAGCUGUCUGCGUCCAGGUGUUACUAUGGCAGCACCGGCAGCGGUUACGGCGGCUAUUAUGACGACGGCGAUGAUAACUCCUGGCUCUACGAUAGCUACUGGUAUGGAAUCUCGCCACUGGCUAUCAUCCUGAUCGUCGUCCUAGGCUGGUUUGGCUUGAUUUUCAUCAUUGGCCUGAUCGAGAGCUACUUCCAAUUCCAACGGUUGAUGAAAGGCUGGCAAGCCCGACGGGGUCUGCCUAUCUCAUGGUGUCUGCUGGCGCCCAUCGCGUCCUGUAUCUUGCUGUGUUUUAGUCGCAGAGGCUUUCAAGCCCGGACGGAGGAUGAAGCGGAAGAACUGAAGAGAAAAUGGGACGAGAUGGGGUUUUGGAAGAAAAUUGGCCUGUGGCUCCGGUACGGAUUUCGAUGGGACUAUCCGCCUAUGCUGGGUCCUGCUCCUCCCAAAAUUCGACGGUCUGCGUCGAAGAGACCGAUCCCGGUGACGCCUCUGCUACAGGUAUCUCCUCCCGGGUCGGAGACUCCGCAGCAGUCAGCACCACCUUCGAGUGGAGGGGAUCCAGACGAUUCUUCGGGCCAGCGUGAAAUGUCCCAAGUGCAGCUGCCAUCGCAGACGCUUCAAGUCCCUUCAUCUUCUAGAAGACGGGCCGUGGAACAACCUCUCCCUGCAUCCCAGCAGGAUGACGAGAUCACCGUCAUACCAUCUGAUCACGAUUGA